AUGUACAGCAAGCAAGUGAAAAAAAAAACGGAUAAUGUUAUUCCACAGGAUCCAGCACUUUGGCCUCUACUAAUAAAUCAUAAUACACGUGCAAUCAUUGUAGAACGUGGACCUCAGCAAAUAAAAGAUAUCAGUUUCCCAAAUGAUAAGAACAAUCGAAAGUUUUCAGUAUUUCACUACUUAAGAAAACUUCCUAUUGGAGAAGAAUUAUGUCGCAGCUGGCUCUUGUAUUCAGUAUUAAAAGACUCAGUGUUUUGUUUCUGUUGCAAACUGUUCAGUAUGAAAGCAAUUGGCAUAUCAUCACUAACUCAUACAGGUUCAAGUGACUGGAAAAACAUGGCAGCAAUUCUUUCUUCCCACGAGAAAAGUCCUGAACAUUUGCAGAACUAUCAAAAGUGGAAAGAACUACAUCAGCGAUUACAGAGGCAUAGUACAAUAGAUGCAGAAAUUUUGCGCAAGAUGAAGAAUGAAGAAAAGUAUUGGCAGCAAAUACUAAAGCGUUUAAUAGCAUUAGUGAGAGUUUUGGGUGAACAGAAUCUAGCUUUUCGCGGUACAAAUGAAACAUUGUACAGUGCCAAUAAAGGGAAUUUUUUAAAAUUGAACGAACAUCUACGAAAGAUAUCAAAUAAAGAGCUUCAUACACACUAUCUUGGCAAAGAUAUACAAAAUGAACUUAUUCAACUGUUAGGAAAUGCUAUUAAGAAAGAAAUCAUACAAACAGCAAAUGCAAUGAAAUAUUUUUCAAUAGUUCUCGAUGGUACUCCUGACUGUAGCUAUGUUGAGCAAAUGACAAUAAUUAUUCGUUUUGUUAAAGUUGAUUCAUUGAAAAAAGAGUUUAGUAUCAAAGAACAUUUUUUAGGUUUUGCACCUUUAAAGAAAACAACUGGAGCCUAUAUGGCAGAAACGAUAAUACAACAACUAGAAGAAAUGGAGUUACCUAUUGAUAAUUUACGAGGCCAAGGCUACGAUAAUGGCGCAAAUAUGAUAGGCAAAAAUAAUGGUGUUCAAAAGAAAAUAUUAAACAUUAAUCCUCGAGCAUUGUUUGUUCCUUGCAGCGCGCAUACUCUUAAUUUUGUUGUCAAUGAUGCUGCAAAUUGUUGUCUAAUGGCUACAAGUUUUUUUGAUAUUGUCCAACGUGUGUAUGUAUAUUUUUCGUCUUCAACACAUCGGUGGGUAGUUUUCACUAGUCAUCAACCUACAUUAACUGUUAAACCUCUAAGUGAAACAAGAUGGGAAAGCAGAAUAGAUGCUAUAAAGCCUUUGCGAUAUGAACUUGGUAAAAUAUAUGACGCACUGCUAGAAAUAGCUGAUGAUACUUCUCUAACUGAAUCCUCAGGAAGCACUGCACGCAGUGAUGCUAAAGCACUUGCGAACAGUGUUGCAAAGUUUAAGUUCGUGGUUCAAUUGUUGUAUGGUACAACAUACUUUUUGAAAUCAAUAUAA